AUGUAGUGACAAUGAAAUUGUUUAUGUUUUUGUUACUGGCCAGUUACACAGUGAAAUGUGAGGAUACGAGUUACUACGUAAUCCAAAUGCCAGAAAAAAACCCACCCACCAAACUCCACAAGAAACCGUUUCGAGUUUACUGGAACGUACCAACAAUGCAAUGCAGAUCAAAGAAAAUCCCAUUCGAAAACCUACAUGACAAGUUCGGGAUAUUGCAAAACAAAAAUGACAGUUUCCGGGGCGAAAAGAUCGCCAUUUUGUACGACCCGGGCCUUUUUCCCGCGCUUUUGAAGAACGAAACGAGCGGUAGAUUCAUAUUUAGAAAUGGCGGCGUUCCCCAGCAGGGGGACAUUGAGAAGCAUUUGGCUUCGUUCAGGAGUGUACUGGAGCAGAGUAUUCCGGAUCCUAAUUUUAGUGGAGUCGGUAUCAUAGACUUCGAGUCCUGGAGGCCGGUGUUCAGACAGAACUUCGGGAUCCUCGUGCCGUACAAAGACGUCUCGUAUGAGAUUGAGAAGAAACUUCACUGGUGGUGGCCGAAGGCGUGGAUACAAGCCGAGGCGAAGCAGCGCUUUGAGCAAGCAGCCCGUGCUUUCAUGCAGUCCACGUUGACCCUAGCAAAGCAGAUGCGCCCCAACGCUCUAUGGGGAUACUACGGUUUCCCAUACUGCUUUAAUAUGGCCAAUAACAACCCAACAGAGAGUUGUGCUAACAAAGUUCCGGAAGAAAAUGAUAGUGUAUAUUGGCUAUGGUCAAAAAGUACAGCACUAUAUCCGUCUGUAUACAGCUCAAAAGAUCUGUCAACGCCGCAGCUAGCUGGCUUAAUACGUGGAAGAGUGAAAGAGGCUGCAAGAGUUAAGAGAAAUGGGAUUCCAAUAUUACCUUACUUCUGGUUCCGAUAUAGAGACGGAUCUUAUCUUAAAAAGGAGGACCUUGAUGUUGCACUGCAAACGAUGUACAAAUCUAAUGCGUCUGGUUUCAUUAUAUGGGGCAGUUCCAACGAUGUCAAUACAGUUGACAAAUGUCAAAAACUUCGUAACUACAUAGAAAAUGUCAUGGGCCCAGCGAUAGCAAAAUACACGAAAGGCGAUUCUAAAAUUGAGAAUGAUAUACUUCAUGAUUAUCAUGAGGAAUUAAUCGAAACUUCUACAAAUAAUAGUACGACAACCACAACCACUUUUAAUCCGAAUUUCAUAGAAAUUGAUAAAGAUAUAGUAACAAAUAAUUUGGAUUCAGUAACGCCUGACCCUGAAUUCCAUUGGGAUCCCCCUGAAAAUUACACACAAGAUUUAGAACAGUAUGUUAAGGAAGAAUUAAUGAACAAUACAAUAUAUCAUAACACGAGUAGUGAGGAAUUGAGUGAGUCAGAAUUAAGCGCAAUAGAUAUAAUAAUUAAUAUAUUAACUGAUGAUAAAUAUAACAGAAAGAAUAAUACAGAGACUGAUAAUGCAAUGCUUAGUAAUAGUGAAAAUGAAAAAGGUGAUAUAGAAAUAUUUACUGAUGAACCUAUUAUUAGUACUCUAUCUUAUAGUACGACUGAAAGUUCUAGUGAAUAUGAUGUUGAAACUACUACUGUGAUAGUAGACUUAAGUACAAACGAUAGUAUAGAGAAACCAAGUAAAAAUUAUAAAAAAGGAAUGCCAAAAUCCAAAGCUGAAAAAAGUAAUGAAAUGGUAGAACCUGAAACAAGUACAUUAAUUAACAAUUAUUAUGCAUCUACAAUAAACAAUUAUUCUGAUUAUGAAUCUACAACUUUAAAUAAUAUUCUAGAUGAUGAAUUUUUAUAUAACAGUACUGAUGAUACUUACAUAUAUGAUGAUUUUAGUACCACAGUCGCAGAUACUACAACGCAAUCAUUACUAGUUGAAAUAAUAACAAAUAAAUUUAGUGAUAAUGAAAAACUUUUAUCUAAACAGAAAAAUAAAGAUGUAUCUGAAGAUACCGUUAUUUUAACAACAACACAAGAUUAUACAGUUACAACAGAAUCAAGUACAAAUUACAAUGAUAUAUCAACAACAGAUGAUAUAACUAUUGAAAAUAUAAAAGAAGAACUGUCUGGAACUACAACUGAAGAAAGUGACGAUUUCUAUGCAAAUGAUACGGUUGCAUUUAGUACACCUACAGCUUUUGUGGAACAGAUGGCCGGAUCUGCCAGCAGGGAUGCUGUCUUCAGCUACUUGCACUUUAUCUCUGUUGCAACAUAUCUCAUAAUCUUGCCUUUGUGAUACAGAAUCCAUUCACUUUCUAAUUAACGUUGAAUAUAUUUGAUCUGUGAUAUUAUUUA